GAGUCUUCAGGAGCGGGUGCAGAGGUAGUCCAGAUCCUCCGUACCAUCCGUCGAAGAGUGCUAUUCGGCGUGUUAUUUGCGUGGGUUCUCCAGUAUUUUCAAUUUGGAAAAGAAAAUAACGUUUGUGACUGUGCAAAGUGACCAACAAAAUGCCCUGUUCCGCCGUCACCCUCUCGCUGGCCACGAUAACGGCCAUCGUCGCCACUGCCCUCCUCGCCAUCGCCUUCUCCACGGACAACUGGCUGUACACGGAAGUCAAGCGAUCCAUGAUUAAGGAUUAUGCAUCGAAGCGUGGAGGCCAGGAGGCAUUGCUUGAGUCCAUGAAUACCAAAUACUAUUAUUACACGAGGACCAGAGGCCUGUUCAGGAUAUGCUUCCCUAAAGAAAGGCCGCCCACAGUCGAGACCUACCUCAGCCCUGUGGAGACCCAUUGCAUGAACAUCGAAUACUACUUGCCUGACGUGGACAACUUAACCAGGGGCUUUUCUGAGGACGCCAUGACCAGGCUACACAUGGGCAGAUCUGCUAUCGCGUUGUUCAUCCUCGCAUUCUUCACCAUAUUUGUCGCCUUCUGGACCGGAAUCGCAGGCUGUUGGAGGCGAUCACCCGGGAACAUCACUGCCACUGCCAUCCUCAUGCUUCUCGCCUGUCUUUUAUCGGCUGGUGCAAUGGGUCUUUGGCACGGAGUCGAAUACUACGAAAAGGAGCGAGUCGUUGGAGAAGAGUUUUACCAGCAGUGGAAUAACAUGCUUCGUGAAGCUUCGUACACCGGCUAUGACUGGUCGUUCUUCCUCAUGUGGGCUGGUGUCGGAUUCUCAUUUCUCUCGUCGAUACUCUUCUCCGGUGCGGCCGUUUGCCUCAGAUCGGAAAGAAUCAAAGAGGAGACAGUCAACAUGCAGUAUCUCAUGCCUGUGUACCCACAGAAGCAGCAUUACGCAUAUCCUCCUCCUGUUUACCCUCCUUACCAGCCGGGACCGCCUUACUACCACGGAUCUCAGUGCGGGCCCUACAACUACUAAGAAGUGGAAAAGAGACAACAAGGCAAUUUCUUAAAACGAAACGAAAAAUUAUACACUUAACUGGAAUUGUUUUAAACAUUACCUGAAAAAAUAAUAAUAGUAAUAAAGGAAUCGAUUUUUUUUUCUUUCUUUUUUUUUGGUAGGUGCGUUCAGAUCCCAAUGGGAAAUUGUUCUGAAAUGAAACAAAAAACCCUACCAGCUUUGAUGUUUUUAUCUUUUUAUUUUUUUUAAGCUUUUAUCUUUUUUACAUGUUUUUCAAAUUUGUUUUAUCCUUUUAUUGAGUAUUAUAGCAAUGACAUUGUUUUAUUUAUAAUUUGGUAAAAUUGUAAAUUGUAACUCAGGAAAAAAAAUUCUGUUUUUAUUUUUAUCCUUAUAAAUUGGUUAUUUAAAAAAAAAUCGAGUUUAUAAUUAGUUAAUAAACAAAAUAAACCUAAAUUAGGAUUGGUUAGCUAUAUUUUUACUUAGAGAUAAAUACUUUCUGAUAAAAACUUAUACAUUUUCUUAGUCAUUGUUGAGUACUUUAGUUAAACCCAAUUAGCAAUGUUUUAUAUUUUUGCCAAACCUUUCAUAAGUUUUUACGUGUAACAAUUAAAUAGAAAUAAUUUGUGACAACGAAAAUGCUCAUUAGUGAAAUCGUCUUUCGUUUGUCGUUACUUGUUAUUAGCAUCCAUUUGUGCAUUCAACAUUUUUUUUCUUUUUGAAAUGUGCCUGUAUUAUAUUAUUUAUAUAUAUUUUUAUACUCCUAGUUAUGUAUUUCAAUUCGAGGAGUUCAAUACCUUUUUUAUUUGUAAAUAGCGUAUUGAGUUUUCUUAAUCAUAAUAUCAUAGUGUAAAAAGUAAACGUUAUUUGCUAAGAUUAGUCUUUAAUAAAUCAGCGUGAAUGUAAAUAUUGAGAGAACUGUGAAUAGGCCAUUUUUCCACAGUGACUGUCACCAAAUGUUUUUCUUUGCUGAAUGAAUGAUUUCGGUUGUUGUAAAAUUUAAAAUGUUUAAAUAAUAGUAUUUGUUACUUAAGAAGAACCAAUGAUAAAUGUGAAUGACUAUGUAAUUUUUUUAUAUCUAACUUUAUCUAUUUAAAUCACAAUAAUAAAUAUAUAUUUGUAAAAAUUU